AUGAGGCAGGCCUCGCCGCUGCGCAAGAGCUUCAUCUCCCGCGCGCCGCCGCUCCUGGCCUUCAACAACCUUCCUGGUCGUGGACCGGCGGAGAACCAAUGGCCGGCGCUGUUGGGUUCUUGCCCAACCGCCCGCUCCCUCGCAAGAAUCCACGGGUGGCUCGUCGCCGGCGGCCUUGGCGACGACCUGUCCUGCCAGACCAAGCUGGCCAGCACCUACGCCUCUCUCGGCGACAUGGAUCGAGCGACCGCCGUGUUCGAAAGGAUACAGAACCCUGAUCUCUACUCCUGGAAGGUGAUGCUCCGGUGGUAUCUAGGGAGAGAAAGCUACGCGCAGGCCAUCGGAGUCUACGCGCGCAUGAGACUAUCGACGAAGACCGCGGACAACAUCGUCUUCUCCGGCGUGCUGAAGGCGGCCGCCGAGCUGAGAAAUCUGCGCGAAGGGCGGAGGCUGCACUGCGACAUUGUCAAGGUCGGGAAUCCGGACGACUUCGUGCUGAACUCUCUCCUCGACAUGUACGCCAAGUGCGGGGCGCCGGGCUCUUCUCGCAGGGUGUUCGACAAAAUUCCCAAUAGGGACGUCGUCUCGUGGACCUCUAUGAUCAGUGGUUACGUCCAGAACGGUCACGCAGAGGAAGGGCUCAUCCUCUUUAAUCAAAUGAGGAAGACGGAGACCGAUCCCAAUGGGUUCACCGUGGGAACCCUGCUCGCCGCCUGUUCAAAGCUGGAGGCCCUGCAAGAAGGCAGAUGGAUCCACGGCUACGUGAUAAAGAGAUCCAUGAAUGAGAAUCCCUUCCUGGUGACAGGCCUGCUCGACAUGUACGCCAAGUGUGGGAUGGUAGCCGACGCCCGCCGCGUUUUCGACGAGCUCCCCGCCGUGGACCUUAUCUCGUGCACGGCGAUGAUCGCUGGCUACACGCAGGGAGGUCACCCCCUCCACGCCGUCAAGCUCUUCUCCGACGUCAGAUCAGCAGACAUGGUGCCCAAUUCCUUCACAGUCGCCAGCAUUGUUUCUGCUGCGGCCCAGCUGGAGGAUCGUUCCCUGGGCAAGACGGCGCACGGGCUCGCCAUCAAGUUCGGACUAGAAGAGGAAGUCGAAGUGAGGAACGCCCUCCUCACCAUGUACGCCAAGUGUGGCUUAAUCCCAGACGCCGACCACCUAUUCGACAGAAGUCCUCACAGAGAUGUGAUAGCCUGGAACGCCAUGAUGGCCGGUUACUCUCAGAACGGCCUCUGCCACGAGGCACUGCUACUCUUCGCGCGCAUGAGAUCCACCAGUGCCGCCCCCGACGCCGUGACCUUCGUGAACGCUCUCUCGGCCUGCGCCGGCCUGGGAGACCUGUCCACCGGCAGCCAGUGCCACUCCAACGCCGCCAAAUGCGGGGUUCUCGCCAACGUCUUCGUGGGCACGGCCCUGCUGGACCUGUACGCCAAGUGCGGGGACGCGGAGUCGGCGCGGGUCGUCUUCGACGGGAUGACUCACCGGAGCCAAGUCACCUGGUGCGCCAUGAUCGGGGGCUACGGCGUUCAUGGCGACUCCGGCAACUCCCUCUCCCUCUUCCGGGAGAUGCUGGGGGAGAACCUCCCCCCGAACGACGCCACCUUCACCGCCAUCCUCUCCGCUUGCGGCCAUGCCGGGAUGGUGGGGGAGGGGCAGGAGGUUUUCUACAGAAUGUGCAGGGAUCACAAGAUCUUCCCCUCUAUGAAACACUACUCCUGCAUAGUGGACCUGCUCGCUAGGGCUGGGAGACUCGACGACGCCAUGGAGUUCAUCGGGAACAUGCCGGCGGAGGCCGACGCCGCCGUCUGGGGCGCCUUCCUCCACGGCUGCCGCGUGCACUCGAGGAUGGAGCUGGGGGAAUCGGCGGUCCACAGGAUGCUGGACCUGCACCCGCAGAACGCCAGCUAUUACUUGCUGAUGUCCAACUUGUACGCAUCGGAGGGAAGGUGGAGAGAGGCGGCGAAGAUUAGGGAACUGAUGAAGAGCAGAGGAUUGAGCAAGUCCCCUGGCUGCAGCCUGAGGAUGUGA